AUGUCCUCUACUGCCUCUUCCUCUGUCUCUGCCCGCCUCGUUUGUCUCGGAAACCCAUUGCUGGACAUCCAAGCUACGGUCUCGGACGAGUACCUAGCUCGCUACCAGCUCAAGGCCAACGACGCCGUCUUGCUAGACGCCACUACCGAGGAGCCUCGCAUGACCAUCUUCGACGAGCUCUUGCAAUUCCCAGACGUCAAGUUCAUCGCAGGCGGUGCUGCGCAGAACACUGCUCGUGGUGCUGCAUACGUCUUGGGAGCGGGCCAAGUCGCCUACUUCGGCAGCGUGGGCCAGGACAAGUUCUCUGCACAAUUGCAGGCCGAGAACGACGCCGCUGGCGUGGUUUCGUACUACCAGCAGCAGCCCCAGGUCGGAACUGGCAAAUGUGCUGCUCUGAUCACCGGCCACAACCGUUCGCUAGUGACCGAUUUAGGCGCUGCCAACCACUUCACUCCAGACCAUUUAGACCGCCACUGGGACGUGGUCGAGAAAGCUGAGCUUUUCUACGUCGGAGGGUUCCAUCUCACCGUGUCUCCCGAGGCCAUCGUCAAGUUGGGCCAGCACGCUCAAAAGACCGGCAAGCCCUUCGUGCUGAAUUUGAGCGCCCCAUUCAUUCCUCAGUUCUUCAAGGCUGCGCUCGAGCAAGUGCUGCCUUACACCACGUAUGUGAUCGCCAACGAGUCCGAGGCUGCGGCGUUCGCAGAGGCCUUUGGCUUGACUUGCCAGGCCGACGACCUAGCUGCUGUGGCCCAGCACAUUGUGGGCGACUCCAAGACCCGCACCGUGAUCUUCACCCAUGGCUUGGAACCCACCGUGGUGGUGACUCCACAGGGCUCGCAAACGUACGCCGUCAAGCCUCUAGCCAGCGACAAAAUCGUCGACACCAACGGUGCAGGCGAUGCGUUCGCGGCCGGGUUCGUCGCAGGUCUUGCCCAGGGCGAGAAACUAGACCGUGCUGUCGACAUGGGCCAGUGGUUGGCCGCGUUGUCGAUCCAGCAGGUCGGUGCGUCGUACCCUAGCGAGAAGCUAGCCUAUGCGUAG